CCGUAUCUCGGCAUGAACGCUGCUAUAAUAACGUCACACGCAUCUUUAUCAACACUCAUCUUGCAAACCCUGUCGACGCACAGGCACCGGGUGGCAUCCGCAGCGCUUGGGGAUUAACUCCACGAAACGGGUGGUUGAAUCAUGGGAUCCAGGGGAAAAUCGUCUGUCUGCGGCUGAGGUCACUGCUGUGAGUGAGAGGCUGUGCUCCCAUGUCUGCUCCUGUCAACCGGAGGCCCUCUGCAGGAUCUCGCAGUUUUAAUUAUUGCAGGUAUAUAGAGCUAGACUGUGUUCCCAUGGAGACAGGCUACAUGGUGUCAAUGCGCCCGACUCAUGGACAUGUGCCGCCACAAACCCCGGAGCGACACAGGCGACGGACAGCUGUCCCAGCUAGUACCAGGGAUGGCCACGGCCACUCCUCUCUCAGCAGCAGCACCUCGGGCUCAUGCAGAGGCAGCGACAGCAGCCCUACAGCCAGGCCACACCCAGGCACACCCAGGCGUAACGUGAAGUACACAUCCUGUAGUGACAACCAUGGGAUCCGGCCUCCGCCCCCUGAGCAGUACCUCACGCCCCUGCAGCAGAAGGAGGUGUGCAUCCGGCACCUGCGCGCCAAGCUGAAGGAGAACAUCGAGAGGCUGCAGGACAGGGAUUCGGAGAUAGAGGAGCUGCGGACACAGCUGUCACGGAUGCAGGAGGACUGGAUCGAGGAGGAGUGCCACCGCGUGGAGGCGCAGCUGGCUCUGAAGGAGGCGCGGCGAGAGAUCAGGCAGCUCAAACAAGUGGUGGAGGUGGUCCGCACCAACCUGAGCAGCAAGGACACCAGCCAGGUGCACAAGUACUUCCAGGACAUCAGCGUCCAGAACCGCAAGCUGGACACUCUGCUGCACAGCCUGGAGGACCAGGACAGGAGCAUCGGGGGCGGAGGCCCGCGGGAGGAGGAGGAGGAGGGGGAAGGAGGCGGCGGCGCCGGCCCGGUUCGGCCGAGAAUUUCACGGUCCUGCGAGGGCUCCCCGGCCCGCUCGCUCACCCGGAGCUCCACUUACACCAAGCUGAGCAACGAUGCACUGCUAGACCAGAAUGGGAACGGCGCCGACUUCCCCGGCCUGUCCGGAGAGGAGACGCAGGACAGCGGCUUUGUGUGCGGGGACAGCCGCGCCGACCUGCUCCUGGACACCCUCCUGUCAGAGGAGCCGCCCUCCGUGUCCCUGCUUGGGCCCUACGCCCCCCUGCCGCGCUCCUUCACCUACGAGAAGCUGUGCAGCCGAGAGGCGGUGCUGCCCGUGGCGCAGGUGAGCAGCAGCAGCCAGCCCUGCCUCUCCCACCACCACCUGUACCUGCACCAUCUGCAGGAGCGCGCCAUCCAGACGGAGCACAGUCCGCCCCGCCUGCACCCGGACCUCGACUCCAAGUCCCAGUCCUGUAGCCCCACCUUUACCUGGAUCUCUGAGGAGGGCGAGGACCUAGAAACCGUCACCACGGCAACCGCCACCGAAGCCACCGAAGCCGCUGAAGCCAUGAGCAGCCCCGCCCAUCCCCUGCCGCCCGCAUCCCCGAUGGCAGGUCCUGGCGCUGUCGAGGUCCUGCCCACAGGCGGCGUUACGGAGCAGCCCAAAAGGCAAGUAGAACAGGUGGAGCCAGGUGGUGUGACAGUGGUGGUGGUGGAGGAGGAGGAGGAGGAGGAGAAGGAGGAAGAAGGAGGAGGAGCCGUGGGUGGGGCAGACGCAGGGGAGCAGUCAUCAUCAGCCCCCCAGAAGAGCUACUGGAGCAGGCACUUCCUGGUGGACCUGCUGGCCGUGGUGGUCCCGGUGGUGCCGGCAGUGGCCUGGCUCUGCCGCGGCCCGCGCCGACCCGGCCAGCCCAUCUACAACAUCAGCUCCUUGCUGCGCAGCUGCUGCGCUGUUGCCCUGCACUCUCUGCGCAGAACAGGCGCACCUGGGCGUGGCCCUGUCAGCGGGAGGGGCGGGACACAGAUAUGACACACCCACAAAACCUUCCACCUUGUUGUCCUGGUUUGGGGUAACCCCCCUUUCAGCAGAUUGGAAGGGGAAAGUAACCUCUCAUUCAGUCUCUGAACCCUGACCUUUGACCUUUACCCCUAUCUCUCACCUCUCCAGGACCGACAGACAUCAUGUGAUUGUGUUUCUGACACUGAUUGUAACUUCUUCGCAUUAUGCAGCAAGGAGAGACUGUCUUAUCACUCCCUUCAUCCAUGUAUUUGUCAGAGAUAGUGGUUAAGGUAAGAGGGUUUAAUGUUUGGCGUGCGGGUGCGUGUGUGAGACUUCAGUGCUGUGCAGCCAAAGCACUUGGGUGAGGACAGCAGGUAUAUGUGAUACUGUCAGUCAGGCAAAGGCUUACACCUGACAUCAUCUCCAGGUCUGCCUCACAACACAUUGGCUGUCACUGUUCCUAAUUUAGGAUCAGAUUUUAAUCAUAUCUUCAUCACAAAUCCCACAAUGUAUCAGUGCAUUUCUGCAGAAUCUGUCAGCUCAACUAUGUCUUAAGGCAAGAUCUGGAGUAAGAUAUGUGUUUUUUGGUGCCUAAUAUUAAUACUUUUAUCAUUGAUCAGGAAAUGAAACGGUGGAUAUAAAAGGACAAAGCUGAUGAUGAUGAUGAUAAUGAUGAUGAUAAAGGUGAUGAAGCUUAGAAAGUUAAUUUCUGAGUUUUAACAACCUUGAUCUUUGCUGUUGCACUUUUUCUGGAAUAAAAUACAUAAAAUUAUAGCUGAGAGUAAAUUGUAAGUGAAGAUGGCCAAUUCCCUUCUCUGUAACUCUUUUCUGAAUUGGUGUUGCCAUAUUUAUAGCCAUGUUUCAUUGUGAAAAUGCUGUCCCAAACCAACCCAUGUUAUGUUGAGGAAUGAAGAUGUCACAGGAGGUUAAAACAAAC